CGUUUGCUUUAACAUUUAAAAAAAAAGGUCUUUUGUCAAAAAAAAUUGCCGACCGCCACAUGUCACGCGUAUUAUUUUAGUUGUAUUCUUUAUUAAUUUCAAUAAAACUCAAAAAUGAAACCCCUUAUGCUGCAAGGGCACGAACGUGCCAUCACGCAAAUUAAAUACAACAGAGAAGGAGAUUUGUUGUUCUCUGCGGCAAAAGACUCUAAACCUAACGUAUGGUGGUCGUUAAAUGGCGAGCGUCUUGGUACUUUCAACGGCCACGGUGGAGUAGUGUGGUGUCUCGAUGUAGACUGGCAAACUAUCAACCUAAUCACUGGAGGCGGUGACAGUUCAUGCAGACUGUGGGACUUAGAAACUGGUAAAAAUAUAGCUACAAUCAAGACAAAUUCUUCAGUGAGAACAUGUAACUUCAGCUUCAGUGCAUACCAAGCCGCCUACACCACAGACAAAGCCAUGGGACGUCCUUGUGAGGUUUCAAUCAUUGAUACAAGGACAAUUGAUGAGUCAAUUUCCACACAAACUCCCAUUUUAAAAUGGGAGAUCACAGAUUCAAAAGUGACCUCCAUGGUUUGGGGUACUCUAGAUGAAACUAUCAUAACAGGUCAUGAGGCUGGAGAUCUAAUUCAGUGGGAUCUGCGAACAGGUAAGAAAGUGCAUUCCAUCAAAGAACACACGCAUCAGAUCAACGAUAUGCAACUUUCCCGUGAUGCUACUAUGUUUAUCACUGCAUCGAAAGAUCAAACAGCCAAACUAUUUGACACGAGUUCAAUGGAACUUCUCAAAGAGUACAAGACAGAGCGUCCGGUAAACUCUGCUGCGCUAAGCCCCAUUUUGGAUCAUGUUGUUCUCGGUGGUGGUCAAGAUGCUAUGGAAGUAACAACAACUUCAACCAGACAAGGAAAGUUUGAUGCUCGUUUCUUCCAUUUAGUAUUUGAAGAGGAAUUUGGACGUGUGAAAGGUCAUUUUGGUCCUAUCAACAGUUUGGCGUUCCAUCCUGAUGGCAAGAGCUAUGCCUCUGGUGGCGAGGAUGGUUAUGUACGUGUUCAAAGUUUUGAUCAAUCUUACUUUGAUUACACUUUUGAUUACAAUAGGGAUUAAUAAGAAAACUUAUUUGUUAAUUUUAAUCUUCUUGAUCAGAGUAUUUGUGAACUUUAAAUGUAUGUUACAAAUAGCUAUCUAUACAGAUAUGAUUUUCAUAUAAAUACAGUAUUGUUUUAACUCUUGAAAGAACAUUUUCAUUUAUAAUAAACAAUGCGAAAUUAUAAA